CUGGGCCUUCUCUUGAUUUGGCCCGUACAAGCUUUUCAUUGCCCAAGGCAUCUCGAUCUCUCUGUCUAAGCUUUAGAUUCUCAAUCUGCGGGUGAUCCUUCCGAUCGCCAAUCGGAGCUUCAGAAAUCCGAAAGUUGCUCUUUUCGCGAUAGGUAUCGUGCGAAAACCAUGGGAUUCGUGGUCACGAGCCUCAUUUUUACAGUGAUUGGGAUUCUUGCAUCGCUCUGUACCAGAGUUUUCUGCAACAGCGGGCCAUCCACGAAUUUGUUACUCGUCACUUUGGUUAUUACAGCUACAGUCUGCUGUUGGAUGAUGUGGGCAAUUGUAUAUCUUGCGCAGAUGAAACCUCUCAUUGUGCCAAUUCUGACUGAUGGGGAAUGAAAUGCUUCCCACUUGACUAGUGUUGUAGGUGAUGCGCUGGCUACUGUAUUGCAUAUUUUUAUGCACAAGGACCAUUCAAUUUUUUCUUGGGCUAGUAUGUAAGUAAUGUUGGCAGAUCCACCUUUGAGUCCGCAUGGAUUGACUGCCUGAAUAUCUCAGCCUUGAUGUGUAACUUCAUUAGUAUGUAAGAGGAAUAAAUACCGAUGUUAUACUGAUGGCAACGCUGAAGUGUUAUGUCCCUUUUAC